GCAUCUUGGCUAAGGCAGCAGGCUCGGCUGAAGAGUACCCUCAGCACCAUCAAGCCAAGCCCAGACGCUCCCCGUCAAGUCCCUACGCCUAUCAUGUUCUUGGCGGCGCAGGCUUUCCAAGACGGGGCACAAGCGAAGGACUUGUAUUCGGCUUUCAUCCAACACUUCUCUGCACAGGGCUACGAGAGCAUCGUCAUUGACCUUGACCCGGACGAUGUGAAAGGCAAGACUACCUCCAAGGACAUCCUCGACGCUUACGAAAGGGACAUGAGCUCGCUGCUCCGUACCGCCUCCCCCUUCCCACCAGUCCUAUUCACCGGAUACCUCUCCAGCUUGAUCGCAGAGCAGUACGCCUCUUCGCAUCCCCUUUCCUCCCUUCUCCUCCUCGACCCGCCCCUCUCCUCGUCGAGGGCGCACAAAGCCCAUCAGGCUCUUCUCCCUACUCCCUUCGAAGAGUACAACUUUGAGCCACGCUUCCCUUGCAGAGUCAUUUGGUCUUCCAAAGAAAUUGCAAGGCAGAAGACCGAAUCUAUACCGUGGUACGAGGCUCAUCGGAUCGAGCAUGCAGAGGAGGAGAAGGCGGGGGAGGCACUGGAUAAGAUCGUUUGGGAGGAUGUGGACAAGGAGGGUCCAGAAGAAGUUCAGAAGUGGUUGGAGGAAGAGUGCGGCGAGGAUGAAGCAGAGCAGACUUCGUCUCUCGCAUCAUCUCGCUCAGCAUCUCGCUCUGCGUCCGGAAGUCAAGGAACUCUCUCUGGUCGCUUUCUCCUCCCAGAUAAUCAACUGCCCGAAUGGUUCACCUCUUCCACGCACUACAAAUUCACAAACUCCCGCAAGCUACCUUUAGAGCUCGACGAGUCGCACUUGAGGGAGACAUUCAACCGGGGCGGAGGCAAGGGGGGCCAGGCUAUCAAUAAGAACAAGAGCCGGUGCGAUUUGCUUCAUCUACCGACGGGCGCAAUUGUGCGGUGCCAGGAGGAGAGGGCUUUGGAGAGGAAUAGAAUACUCGCCAGGAGAAGAAUGAGCGUACUGCUUGAAGAGGGAUUGAGAGCUAGUCAGGUAGCGGGCGUGAGAGGUGGUGACAUUGACGAUGGUACUGCAGAGAAGGAGAGGAAGAAGAAGCUCAACAAGAAGAAGAAGCAGAAGAAGAGGAUGAACGAGAAGCUGGAAGCGGAG